AAAAGUAACAAUGAUCCGACAGUUCUUAAAGUUUUGUUUGACUGUGGAUCGUCUUUUGACUGUGCAAGUCAGGACGAGAUGCUGAGAUUACUCAACCUUGGAGUAAACCCGUCAAGAAUCAUUUAUGCUAACACAAUUAAACAGCCAUCAAUGCUGCAAUAUGCUGCAAAACAUAACAUAUCUUUAAUGACAUUUGACAGCGAAUCUGAACUACAUAAGAUAAAAACUAUCUACCCGGAUGCCAAUUUAAUUUUGCGGACUCUACCUGCCGGCGACUACAAAUGUAAAAUAGACUUACGACAAAAGUUCGGAUGUCCUCUGUCCAAAAUACGACAUCUACUCCAAACUGCAAUAGAACUAGGCCUUAAUGUGAUAGGAACAAGUUUUCAUGUAGGUAGUGGCUGUCACGAUGGUAACGCAUACAUAGCUUCUAUACGACAGGCACGUAGUGUAUUUAACAUGGCAGCAGAAUUAGGAAUCAAUAUGAAAUUGUUAAAUAUAGGAGGCGGAUAUCCGGGCGAGUCCAGCAGCACCGAAACUUUUAUAAAAAUAGCAGAAGCGGUGAACGAACAACUUGACAAAGAUUUUGCUGUAGAAGAUGAAGUUGAGAUUAUUGCUGAACCUGGAAGUUAUAUGGUGUCUUCGUCAUCAGUUUUAGCCGUCAAUAUCAUAGGAAAGCGUAUUCUCUCAAAGACAGAUCUUUAUAAUGAGGAAGAUAUAAUGCCUACAGUUGACAGUGAGUCGGAGACGAAACAUGUGAUGUAUUACGUCAAUGACGGUGUGUACGGUUCAUUCACUGACGUCAUUAUCGUGCCAGAAAAUCUUGAUCUUGAUGUCCACACGUUAAAGUGCAAUAAGGAUGAAGACCGCUACGAAAGUACAGUUUGGGGUCCAACAUGUUGCGGAUUUGAUUGUAUAAUUAAAUCUACAAAGUUACCAAUGUCUGAGGUCGGUGACUGGUUCUACUUUCGAGACAUGGGAGCUUAUACUACGGUGUUCAUCUGUAGUUUUAAUGGAAUGCCUUCUCCUCGGAAGGCAUUCGUUUGUUCUGAAGAUAGAUGGCGUGCAAUUUAUCCAGAAGAAACAAAUGAGAAAAGUCUAUGAUGUUAUUAAACGUUUUCUUAGUUAAAUCUUGUUCUUAUUGCACUGUGACUCACGAGAAACGCUAUUUGUAUAAAAUAAUACUGCCAUGUUUAUACUGCAUUGUUCUCGUGUACUGAUAUACAUGUAGAUUAUACUCAUGUAGCUACAGUAUAUUUUAAUAACAAUUUGUAUAUAUAAAGCAUUAAUUCUAAUAUGCUUUACAAUAUUCCCAUAUCAGUCACGUAAACUGUAGCCAAAUGAUCUGUUUUUGUGGUGAUAUAAACACGAUUAAACAGAAUAAUAUUUAUCAGCUUUCACGAACUGCAAACCAAAAAAUUAAUAUGUAGAUCUAUAUACAUGUCUCAUACCGUAUAAGUAUGUAAAAGUGUAGCACAUGACAGUAACGUCAUAAAAUAACAAUAAUAAAUAAACUAUCACAAUGUA